AUGAAUGCCUGCGUGGAAAACCUUCUGAUUGGUGGGAAAUACCGCGUCAUCAGGCAGAUUGGCAAUGGCUCCUUUGGCGAAAUCUUUCAUGGGGUCAACACCCAGGAUGGUAGCGAGGUGGCCAUUAAGCUCGAAAGCAUUGACGCCAAAUGUCCGCAACUGAUGUACGAGGCAAAAGUCUACCAACAGAUCGGUCCGCACUAUGGCAUACCGAAGCUUCUACAUCACAGCCGCGAGAACCACUAUAAUGCCAUGGUGGUGGAGCUCUUGGGACCCUCGCUGGAGAGUCUGUUCAACCAAUGCAAGAGACACUUCUCGUUAAAGACUGUCCUCAUGCUCUGCGAUCAGAUGCUCUCACGCGUGGAAUACGUGCAUAGCUGUGGGUUCAUUCAUCGCGACGUAAAGCCCGACAACUUUCUCAUGGGUGCUGGCCGCCACUUGAAUAAGCUCUACGUGAUUGACUUUGGACUGGCCAAGCGCAUCAUCGAUGCCAAGAGUAAUGUGCACAUUCCAUUUCGUACCGGACGCCAUUUGACAGGCACCGUUCGCUACGCCUCCAUCAAUGCCCAGAAGGGUGUGGAGCAAUCUCGACGCGAUGAUCUUGAAUCCUUGAGCUACUGCGUCAUGUACUUCAAUGUGAAGAAACUGCCGUGGCAGGGUAUGGUGGCCGCAACGAAGAAGCAGAAAUACGAAAUGAUUCUGGCGAAGAAGUUAAGCGUAACGAUCGAGGAACUCUGCAAGGGUUUUCCCGCAGAGUUUGCACUAAUGAUGAAGUAUGCCCGCAACUUGCGUUUCGAGGAUGAGCCCGACUAUACGUAUUUGCGUCAGCUAUGCCGCAUAUUGUUUCGAUCGCUGAAUCAUCAGUUCGACUAUAUGUACGACUGGAAUGUUAUGGAGCAGCAGAUAGCUAAUCGGUUGAAGCGCGAUAAUGAGAAGCAACUAGAGAAGGGAAGUGGACGCUCCUACGACAAACACAAGGCGUCAAUGACGAAAUAAAACAGACCCUCAACGUGUUCUGUUUACAAAAUUUUUAUUUUAGUUCAUAAAGUAGUUUUUAAUUAAUGAUUAUAUUUUCGAAAAAAAAAGAAUAGACUUCCAUGAUCUCUCAAUAAGCGGAAUAUGGCUUAAUUAUCAUCCCAAAUUUCUUUCAUAAAAACAAUAGUAUAAAACUAUAUUAAAGCUACAUUCAGAUGGGCAAAUAAUUUAUAGACAAAUUCGUUCCGUUGAAAAGGUACUACAACAGCCUGAACAUCUUAGUUGCUUUGGCUAUAAAUUAACAUUGCAAUUUAGGAUUUAAUCCAAGUUACAAUAAUGUAAAUAAAUAUCAUGACAAAUAAUAAUAUUUGUGUAGCAAUGUAACCGAAA